UUUUUUUCCAAACGGCUCUUUUUUUGUUUUUUAAUGGGUUCCUCUUCUUCUUUUUAAUUGAUAGUCUCGUCUUCUCCUUCGUCGCUAAGGUUAGGGUUAGGGUUUCGAUUUUGGGAGCGAGAUAUCCUCCGAUCUCGUGAGGAGUUCGGAGAAGGAGUGGCGAUGAGGAGAUCGAAGCUUGAGGCGGUGGUCUCGCUAGGACGGCAGCGAUUGCUUCAGAUGCUUCUCGUUGUUGUGUUGUUCUACGUGGGUUUUGUUUUUCUCCUCGAGUUUCCCUUUGUUUCGAGUCGGAUAUCGUCGCCUGAGACCGGUGGCGGUGGUCGCCGACUUGGCGAUGUUAUGCCCCUUUCGCUGGCGCUUGACAGCGAGGAGGAUGUUGGGGAGAAGUCUGCGCCUGUUCGGCCUUCUAAGCAGCCGUAUAAAGUCGGUGAAUUGGUGUCGGCGGCGGCGGCGGCAGCGCCGCGGGGAUCGCCGGAUCUUCGGAGACGGUCGAUGAUUGUGUCUGGGCUUGUGUUGUCUGACCCUAAUGCCGCCCUGCACGGCUCGUUCUCCGAGCUUCACAAGGUGGCGCUGGACUCGUGGGAGAUCGGGCAGAGGUUGAUUGGGGAGCUGAGAUCCGUUUCCGUGGCGGCUUCGCCGUCUGCUGAGAACCUGACGGCGGAGAUGGAGAAGUGCCCGCACUCGAUCAUGCUCAACGGGACUGAGUUUAGGGAGAGGGGAAAAGUUAUGGUUCUUCCCUGCGGAUUGACACUGGGUUCGCACCUGACCGUUGUUGGCCGGCCGCACGAGGCUCACCCGGAGAAUGAUCCCAAGAUCACGCUGAUCCGGGAGGGAGACCAGCCAGUAAUGGUGUCGCAGUUCAUGAUGGAAUUGCAAGGGCUGAAGACGGUUGAUGGAGAGGAUCCACCAAGAAUUCUUCAUUUCAAUCCUAGGUUGAAGGGGGACUGGAGCGGGAGGCCUGUGAUCGAGCAGAAUACAUGCUAUCGGAUGCAAUGGGGAUCAGCACUCCGGUGUGAUGGAUGGAAGUCUCGGGCUGAUGAGGAGACAGUGGAUGACCUGGUGAAGUGUGAAAAAUGGAUACGUGAUGAUGAAGAUAGGUCAGAGGAAUCAAAGACGAGCUGGUGGUUAAACCGUUUGAUUGGUCGGACUAAGAAGGUCUCCAUCGAUUGGCCAUAUCCUUUCGCUGAGGAUAAAUUGUUUGUCCUCACUUUGAGUGCUGGUUUGGAAGGUUAUCAUAUCAACGUCGAUGGGAGGCAUGUUACAUCUUUCCCGUAUCGCACUGGAUUUGUUCUUGAGGAUGCAACUGGAUUGUCACUGAAUGGUGACCUUGACAUUCAAUCAAUAUUCGCUGCGUCCUUGCCCACAUCACAUCCUAGUUAUGCUCCACAACGACAUUUGGAAAUGGCCACUCAGUGGCAGGCCCCACCACUUCCCAGUGGACCUGUUGAGCUGUUUAUUGGUAUCCUUUCAGCAGGCAACCAUUUUUCUGAGAGAAUGGCUGUGAGGAAGUCGUGGAUGGCAUCAAUUAGGAGAUCACCAAAUGUAGUUGCCCGCUUUUUUGUUGCUAUGCAUGGCAGAAAAGAAGUGAACUUAGAGUUAAAGAAGGAGUCAGAAUUCUUUGGUGACAUUGUUAUAGUGCCCUUCUUGGAUAGCUAUGAUCUUGUCGUUUUGAAGACUGUAGCUAUAUGUGAAUAUGGGGUUCGAGAAGUUUCUGCCAAAUAUAUCAUGAAGUGUGAUGAUGAUACUUUUGUUAGAGUUGAUUCAGUUAUGAAGGAAGUGAAAAAAAUCCCCAGCGGUAGAAGCCUGUAUGUGGGGAAUAUGAACUAUUACCACAAGCCCUUGCGCUCUGGGAAAUGGGCUGUGACAUAUGAGGAGUGGCCGGAAGAAGUCUAUCCACCCUAUGCAAAUGGUCCCGGUUAUGUUGUGUCUUCAGACAUUGCAAGAUUCAUUGUAAAAGAGUUUGAGCAACACACAUUAAGGCUAUUUAAGAUGGAGGAUGUGAGCAUGGGCAUGUGGGUUGAGCAAUUCAACACCUCAACACCUGUUGAAUAUCUCCACAACCUCAAAUUCUGCCAGUUUGGAUGCAUUGAGGACUACUACACGGCUCACUACCAGUCGCCGAGGCAGAUGAUGUGCAUGUGGGAGAAGCUUCGCAUGGGAAGACCACAAUGCUGCAACAUGAGAUAAUAUUAUGCCUGUGUAACAACAAAGCCGAAUUUUUUGCAGCUUUAGCAAAUCAAUGUACAUUCAAUGGAGGGCUUACCACCCUUCUCAUAUGACAGAGAUAACCCGGGGCUGUUUUCAGGCCUCUCUGGCAUUCAUUCAUUAUUUAUUGGUCCUCGAGUGAUAGAAGGAGGAGAGGGAGGACAUAGCUGCCCAUAAUGCAAAGAAAACAAGCCUCAGAAUGUCUUUCACUCACUUUAGUUUUGUAAAUCUAGUGUGCUAUGUUUUUUUUGGUAGAAUUGCCCGUGAGUUUAUUUUGUUAACUGGCCAUUGCUCCGUUAAAAAAUUGCAGAACUAGAUAGAGCGGCAGUUAAUUUAAUUAAUUUAUUUAUUUA